UACAACAGAGUUACAAAAUUCUGAAAAUUACUUAUUACAAUUCGUUCAACAAAUAAUGUUUGCUGAUGAAUACAUAUUAUUAAAAGCAAACAGGCCUCUCCCUAAAAAUAGUAGGUUAAACUCAUUAUCACCCUUUAUGGACUCAAAUAAAUUAAUAAGAGUUGGUGGUCGUCUUAAAAAUUCUUGUUAUACAUUUGACGUAAAACACCCAAUCCUACUAUGCAGCAAACAUAAUUUGACACAAAUCAUUUUUCAAAAAGAACACAUAAGACUUAUGCAUGCCGGACCUCAGUUACUUUUGUCUCAUGUGAGACAAAAAUAUUGGCCACUGGGGGGGAGGAACCUUGCCAGACGUGUCGUGCAUGGUUGUGUACGUUGCUUUAGGUUCAAAGCUAAGCCGUUUCAACCCGUUAUGGGUGACUUACCCAAAGAUAGAACUAAAUUAGAAUUUCCUUUUUUACACACUGGUGUUGAUUAUGCUGGGCCAGUGUUGAUAGCCAACCGUAAGGGCAGGGGUGCUAAAUUAACAAAAGCUUAUAUUUGCAUUUUUGUUUGUUUUGCAGUAAAAGCAUUGCACCUGGAGCUGGUCACGGAUCUUACAAAGGAGGCAUUCCUUGCAGCGUUCCUGAGAUUUAUUAGUCGACACGGAAAGCCAAUUUCGGUGACGUCAGAUAAUUCGACGACAUUCAUAGGAGCUAGUAACGAUCUUACAUCAUUUUUUAGUCAAUGCUCAGAAAACAUUAAAAAUGAAUUAAGUAAUAGGGGUAUUGAAUUUAAAACCAUUCCCCCUUACACACCUCAUUUUGGUGGUCUUUGGGAAGCGGCGGUUAAGUCUGUGAAACAUCACCUUAGACGUAUUCUAACACUCACAAACUUAACCUACGAAGAGAUGUCAACUUGUUUGAUUCAAAUAGAGGCUAUCCUUAAUUCUAGACCUCUCACUCCUCUGUCCUCGGAUCCUUCAGAUCUUACAUGCCUUACACCCGCUCACUUCCUUAUAGGGCGUUCACUGUUGACAGUUCCCCGUCCUCCGGUCAGCGACGCUAAUAUCAAUCGCUUGGACCGCUACGAGAGGAUCGAGAAACUAAAACAGCAUUUUUGGACAAGAUUCUCAACUGAAUACAUUUCUCUCCUCCAGCAACGCUCCAAGUGGCGGUCUUCUUCAAGUUCUCUCCAGCUCGGCUCUAUGGUUCUCGUGAAGGAGAAGAACCAACCACCACUUCUGUGGCAGCUGGGCAGAGUCGUCAAGCUGCAUCCAGGCAAGGAUGGUGUCAACCGGGUUGCCGACAUCAAGACCAGGAAGGGCAUCAUUCAGAGGGCCUUCAAUAACAUCUGCCCCCUUCCAAUCUCUUCAUAAAGUUGAAUGUCUUCAACGUUCCCCGGGCAGUAUGUUCGAUGCCCACUAGUAUGCAUCGAAACCGGUCCGCGGGUCGCGGGCUCCGCGGGGGGCGACCCGCGAGCUCGAGUUACGUGGCCCACACGAUCAUUCACGCAUUGGCGGUCUCAGUGCAUUUACUAAACUUUGUAACAAAAUAAAUCCUAGUAAACCA